AUGCCGAAGAACAGCAAGGUGACGCAGCGUGAGCACAGCAACGAGCAUGUCACGGAAUCGGUGGCCGACCUGCUGGCCCUCGAGGAGCCGGUGGACUACAAGCAAAGCAUCCUGAACGUGGCAGGCGAGGCCGGCGGCAAGCAGAAGGCGGCAGAUGAGGAGCUGGAGGCCGAGGACCGGCCGGCCUGGAACAGCAAGCUGCAGUACAUCCUGGCCCAGAUUGGGUUCUCUGUGGGCCUGGGCAACAUCUGGAGGUUUCCCUACCUGUGCCAGAAAAAUGGAGGCGGUGCAUACCUUGUGCCCUACCUUGUGCUGCUGGUCAUCAUCGGGAUCCCGCUCUUCUUCUUGGAGCUGGCUGUGGGCCAGAGGAUCCGCCGUGGCAGCAUUGGUGUGUGGCACUACGUGUGUCCCCGCCUUGGGGGCAUCGGCUUCUCCAGCUGCAUAGUCUGCCUCUUUGUUGGGCUGUAUUAUAACGUGAUCAUCGGGUGGAGUAUCUUCUACUUCUUCAAGUCUUUCCAGUACCCGCUGCCGUGGAGCGAAUGUCCCGUCAUCAGGAAUGGGACUGUGGCAGUGGUGGAGGCAGAGUGUGAGAAGAGCUCAGCCACUACCUACUUCUGGUACCGAGAGGCCUUGGACAUCUCCAACUCCAUCUCAGAGAGUGGUGGCCUCAACUGGAAGAUGACCCUGUGUCUCCUGGUGGCCUGGAGCAUCGUGGGUAUGGCCGUCGUCAAGGGCAUCCAGUCCUCGGGGAAGGUGAUGUACUUCAGCUCCCUCUUCCCCUACGUGGUGCUCGCCUGCUUCCUGGUCCGGGGGCUGCUGCUGCGAGGGGCCGUCGAUGGCAUUCUGCAUAUGUUCACCCCCAAGCUGGACAAGAUGCUGGACCCCCAGGUGUGGAGGGAGGCGGCCACCCAGGUCUUCUUCGCCCUGGGUCUGGGCUUUGGGGGUGUCAUCGCCUUCUCUAGCUACAACAAGCAAGACAACAACUGCCACUUCGACGCCGCGCUGGUGUCCUUCAUUAACUUCUUCACCUCGGUGCUGGCCACGCUCGUGGUGUUUGCUGUGCUGGGCUUCAAGGCCAACAUCAUGAACGAGAAGUGUGUGGUCGAGAAUGCCGAGAAAAUCCUGGGGUACCUCCAUACCAACGUCCUGAGCCGGGACCUCAUCCCGCCCCACGUCAACUUCUCACACCUGACUGCCAAGGACUACACGGAGAUGUACAAAGUCAUCAGGGCCGUGAAGGAGGACCGUUUCGCCUCACUGGGCCUCGACCCCUGCCUUCUGGAGGACGAGCUGGACAAGUCCGUGCAGGGCACAGGGCUGGCCUUCAUCGCCUUCACCGAGGCCAUGACGCACUUCCCUGCCUCCCCGUUCUGGUCUGUCAUGUUCUUCCUGAUGCUUAUCAACCUGGGCCUGGGCAGUAUGAUUGGGACCAUGGCCGGCAUCACCACACCCAUCAUCGACACCUUCAAGGUGCCCAAAGAGAUGUUCACAGUGGGCUGCUGUGUCUUUGCAUUCUUCGUGGGGCUGUUGUUCGUCCAGCGCUCCGGAAACUACUUUGUCACUAUGUUUGAUGACUACUCGGCCACCUUGCCGCUGACUGUCAUCGUCAUCCUUGAGAACAUCGCCGUGGCCUGGAUCUAUGGAACCAAGAAGUUCAUGCAGGAGCUAACGGAGAUGCUGGGCUUCCGACCCUAUCGCUUCUAUUUCUACAUGUGGAAGUUCGUGUCUCCACUGUGUAUGGCUGUGCUCACCACGGCCAGCAUCAUCCAGCUGGGGGUCACGCCCCCAGGGUACAGUGCCUGGAUCAAGGAGGAGGCAGCCGAACGCUACCUAUACUUCCCCAAUUGGGCCAUGGCGCUCCUGAUAACCCUCAUUGUCGUGGCGACCCUGCCCAUCCCCGUGGUGUUCGUCCUGCGGCACUUCCACCUGCUCUCCGACGGCUCCAACACCCUCUCCGUGUCCUAUAAGAAAGGCCGCAUGAUGAAAGACAUCUCCAACCUGGAGGAGAACGAUGAGACCCGCUUCAUCCUCAGCAAGGUGCCCAGUGAGGCGCCGUCCCCCAUGCCCACCCACCGCUCCUACCUGGGGCCCGGCAGCACGUCCCCCCUGGAGACCAGCGGGAACCCCAAUGGACGCUACGGAAGCAGCUACCUCCUGGCCGGCACCCCUGAGUCGGAGCUGUGACCACCGCCCCACACUCCCUGCCUGCCUCUCCCCCACCACGCCCAUCCAGCCCGCUUGUCCCAACCUGGCCUGUCUUCUUAGGCCAGGCCCUCUGCCCAAGGAGAGGGGGUCUGCCCUGCCUCAUCCCCCACCCCAGUCCCAGCCAGCUUCUCCCUACACCUGAGCAGGGGCUGGGAGAGACUGUCCUCAGUGCAGGCUCCCAACUCGUCUAACCUCCUGAGAUCCUCUCACCAAACUGCAGCUGACUAACUCGAACAGUCCAGAAGCCCUGAUUCCCAGCACAGGAGAGAUGGCGAGUGGCCAUCGUAGGGGUCGCUCCCCACACCUUCUCUCUCUCUGUAACCUGGCACCUGUAGGUCUUAAGUCCUGGCCAUCUCUCUGUGCUGAUGAGAAGCACCCGGUGGGGUAGGAUGCUGAUGAUUUAUCCUAGGGGUGAUGCAUCCCAGGGGCUGAUUUAAGACUGGGGAUGGGACAAUUGUGCCAGGACUCAGGGCUCAGCCUUGGGAUGGAAUCUCGUAGAAGUCCCCAAGUUCUGUUUUGCGAUGCAGAUGGCACGCUCUGCCUUGAGCGCCAGCCUUGGCAGCGGAAGGGGGCUAGGCAUGGGGGCCCCCUCAGCCCAAGGCUCUGGGUGGGAUCUCCCAUGUCCUUGGCCCUGCCUGGGGCAGGGUGUGUCCUGUCACAUCCUGCCUGGGAGGGUGAUGAUUGCUCGGGACCCUUCCCCACCUCCACUGGGGCUUUGCCUGCCCUCUCUGUCCCCACCCGGGAGCCCACAGUUG